AUGGCCUGGAAUUCAGCGACAGUCCGGCUUGAUCCCCACGCGGGGGAGACCACAACGCGGAGUGACUUACUGGCGGAAGCAAAGGGAUGGCUUCUAUUCUUCAAAGGAUCGUGGGUGCCCGCCCCGGACCUAGACCAAGAACUGCAUACCCGACGAGCUCUUAUGGAACGAUGGGCCGCUGCGGACCAGAGCUUUCGUGAUGUCCGUAUUGCUUCUUUCACUUCCGAUCCUCAAGGAACAGACUCAUCUAGCCUAGGAUUAUGUUCUCCGCGCGCUGUUCUCCGCGCGAUCUCAGCCGCGGAGGAUGCGAUGUCCCGCCACCCUCCUGGAUCAGCACCGUCUCACACCGAUUUAUUUGCACAGCUCCCGUGGACCGAGAAGGGCACCGUACAAACUACGUCCAUCUUCUCAAGAUCCUAA